UAAGGAAGGGGGGUGUUAGUAGGAGGCGACGGAGAGGCAGUGUGGAAGAUUGUAAAGCUAAUCGACAGCCAGUUGGUUCCGUUUGGACGAAAAAACAAUCCAGAAUGGCGUCUGGCGAGACACUGUACAUAGAAACGGACGGCUCAGAGAUGCCGGCGGAGAUCGUGGAGCUGCAUGAAAUCGAGGUGGAGACCAUCGAGACCACGGUGGUCGGAGGAGACGACGACGACGACGAACAUCAGUCCAUGAUCGCGCUGCAGCCGCUGGUCUCUGACGACCCGAAUCACAUCCACCACCAAGAGGUGAUCUUAGUCCAGACUCGAGAGGAAGUGGUGGGAUGCGACGACUCGGACCUUCAUGCAAGCGACGGCUUUGAGGAGCAAAUUCUGAUUCCGGUCCCUGUUCCAGCCGCGGAAGAAGAGUUUAUCGAGCAGACUCUGGUGACUGUGUCUGGGAAAAACACGGGGCGCCUGAAGAAAGGAAGCGGCAAGAGAGUGGUUAAAAAAGGCUUUCUGGGCGCUACAGAGGCGAGCGGACGAAAAUGGGAACAGAAGCAAGUGCAGAUAAAAACGCUCGAAGGGGAAUUUUCUGUCACUAUGUGGGCAUCGGAUGAUAAGAAAGACAUUGAUCAUGAGACAGUAGUUGAGGAGCAGAUAAUAGGGGAGAACUCCCCUCCAGACUACUCCGAAUACAUGACGGGCAAGAAGCUGCCACCUGGUGGAAUCCCGGGCAUCGACUUAUCUGACCCCAAACAGCUGGCAGAAUUUGCUAGGAUGAAACCACGAAAAAUGAAGGAAGAUGAUUCACCAAGGACAAUAGCCUGCCCACACAAAGGUUGCUCAAAAAUGUUCCGAGACAACUCUGCAAUGAGGAAGCAUUUGCACACACACGGACCACGUGUCCAUGUGUGCGCUGAAUGUGGGAAAGCGUUUGUAGAAAGUUCCAAACUGAAACGACAUCAGUUGGUUCAUACCGGCGAAAAGCCUUUCCAGUGCACAUUUGAGGGCUGUGGAAAGCGUUUCUCGCUGGACUUCAACUUGCGCACACAUGUGCGUAUUCACACUGGAGACAGACCCUACGUGUGCCCGUUUGACGGCUGCAAUAAGAAAUUUGCUCAGUCCACCAACCUAAAGUCUCACAUUUUGACGCACGCUAAAGCUAAGAACAACCAGUGAGCGGACUAUCUGGAAAGACAUUUCAAUAAGGACAGCAGCAUUCAACGCUUUAAAACACCCUUUGUGUGUUGUUUGUAGACGAUUUUUUUGUAAGACAGAGUAUCUACUGAUGUUUUAUCAGAAUUGAGUAUUUAACUGAUGAACUGACACCCAACUAGCCCUUAGGACACUUCUUAUGGUACAAACUGGACUGAAAUUUCUUUACUACCAGAAAGUGUCUUCUUUUGAAGACGUGCGUUUCUGGACCAUCAUCCACAACCCGAGAUAUUCUUUCUCCAGAGCCCAAAGAAUCUAAUUUUUCCCCUCUGUGUAUGUUAACUGUCCACAAAGAGACAUGACUGCUUUUUAGUUGUCUUCUAAGUGUGCAUAUUGUACACUUUGUAGACAUUAGCUUUGUCUUGAAAUGUUUUCCCUGAGAUUUGAUAUGUGAAUGGUCUUCUUCAAAAAGAAGGAGAUUCUAUUAAAUUUUUUUUUCCAGUCAUGAGGUAUCCUCCAGUGGUAUCUCAUUUUGUAUAACUGUUCUGUAAAAAUAUUUUGAAAAUCAUGUAGAUAAUAGAGAUGUUAGAUUUCUGUUUAACCUAUUAAAGGAAUUUUAUUCAA